UUAGGUCCUUUCUACUACCUGUUUGGUAGGAUGAUUUUUGUUCUGGUGCAGCUAAACACAGUUGUGUUAUAUUAUUCUAAAGAGCCGUUUUCUACUGCUUCUAGGUAUUGGAUCUUCGAGGUUCAAACAGGAGGAGCCCAUCUGGUACAUCCCGGUACUGUGCUCUGUACUUACUCAUUUGCUGUGUGGUAUAAAGCUGUCUUAUUCAUUACAAGAUGAACCCUUCAAAACCAACCAAGGUGUUCAAUGAUCCAGUACAUGGUCACAUUGAGUUGCACCCUCUGCUAGUCCGUAUCAUUGACACCCCUGAGUUUCAGCGCCUGAGAUACAUCAAACAGCUCGGAGGAAUCUAUUAUGUCUUCCCUGGGGCUUCUCACAACAGAUUUGAGCACUCCAUUGGAGUAGGUCACUUGGCAGGAUGUCUCGCCCGAGAGUUACGUGACAGACAGACAGAUCUUGGCAUUACUGACACAGAUAUACUGUGUGUACAGAUAGCAGGACUUUGCCAUGAUUUGGGCCAUGGGCCGUUUUCACAUUUGUUUGAAAAACAAUUCACAACCUACACAAAGCCAGAAUUUAAGCAUGAAGAUGUAUCUGUAAAAAUGUUUGAUCAUCUAAUUGCAUCCAACAAUCUAAAGGAAGAAAUAUCUGAGAGUGACCUAAUAUUUAUAAAAGAGCUUAUAAUGGGCUGCCCAUUGUCAGACGAACUGAAGCAAGAAGUGUGGCCAUAUGCAGGAAGACCAGAAGAGAAAUCAUUCCUUUAUGAAAUUGUGGCUAACAAAGAAAACGGCAUUGAUGUGGAUAAAUUUGACUAUUUUGCCAGGGACUGUUACCAUCUGGGUAUUCAAAAUAAUUUUGACUAUAAGAGAUUUCUCAAAUUUGCCCGAGUUUGUGAUGUUGGUAACAGGAAACACAUUUGUGUCCGAGACAAGGAGGUUUGGAACCUGUACAAUAUGUUUUACACACGUUAUGGUCUCUACCGAAGAGCUUGCCACCACAGAGUUGUGAAUGUCAUUGAGAUAAUGAUCGGAGAAGCUUUUAGAAAAGCCGACCAAUACAUUCAGAUAGAAGGUUCAAAUGGAGGAUCCUUUACCAUCUCUAAAGCUGUGGAUGAUAUGGCUGCUUAUACUAAACUGACAGAUGCAAUCUUUGUGCAGAUUCUGUAUUCAAGUGAUUCCAAACUGUCUGAUGCCAAAAAAAUCUUGGAGAAAAUCGUACAACGCAAGUUUUACAAAUACUUGGGAGAAGCAACUCCCAAUCCAAACAACACACAAUCCCUGGAUAAAAAACAGUUAUUGGAAGAACUGGCCAAAGCAGUUGCUGCAGAAGAUCCCAAUAUGAGAUGUACCAGUGAGGAUUUUGUGGUAGAUGUGUUCCUUAUGGAUUAUGGAAUGAAAGAAAAAAAUCCCAUAGACAAAGUUCACUUCUAUAGCAAGAAUGACCCAAAAGAAGCAUUUCAUAUCGAGAAAGGUCAGGUCUCCUAUUUACUUCUAGAGAAUUUCUCAGAAAGGAUCAUCCGCGCCUACUGCAAAAAAACUGAUGAUGAGAAUAUACUGAAAGCUUCCAAGAAGGCCUUCAUAAAGUUGUGCCAGGACAAAGGCUUCUCAAUUCGCCAGGGUUAUGGAGCUGCGGCUGGAGAUCACUAAAUUGAGGCUCAGUUGCCUCAGCAGUCUUGAGUUAUACAAAUAUCCUACCAAUUUUGUCUAUGUUAAACAGUUUUAUAUACAAGUAUGGGACCUGUUAUCCAGAAUGCUCGGGACCUGGGGUUUUUCCGGAUAAUGGAUCUUUCCAUAAUUUGGAUUGUCAUACCUUAAGUUACUAGAAAAUAAAGUAAAACAUUAAAUAAACCCAAUAGACUGGUUUUGCUUCCGAUAAGGGUUAUUUAAAUCUUAGCUGGGACAGUACAAGCUACUGUUUUAUUAUUACAAUUCAAAAGGGAAUAAUUUUUUUUAAAUUUCAAUUAUUUGGAUAAAAUGGAGUCUAUGGGAGGCAGCCUUUCCAUAAAUCAGAGCUUUGUGGAUAACGGGUUUCAUGAUAACAGAUCCCAUACCUGUAUUGAAUUUAUGCUUUUAGCUUCCAGUUUGAAAGGGAAAUGCUUCCUGACAUCCUAUCUGUUCCCACAUAACAAUUGGAUACAUUACUUGCUGGCAUUUCUCAGCUGGUUCUGCCUCAGUUUAAAGCUUUGCCAGGAACUAAUAUAUCAAAUUUGAAGUUCUUUAGCCGGCUUAAGUCAACUUUAAACAAGAGCAACGAUAUAAAAAAGGAAAGAAGAAAAGUUAGUUAGUCCUUUAGUGUUUAAUCUUCCUGCUGAUCCUUUCACAGUCUCCCAGCUGUAACAAUUAAAGAAGAGGAUCAGCGGCUAGGGCAAUGGAGAGACCCGAAACAAUAUAUAGGGGCACAUUUACUAAGGAUCAAAUUUCGAA